GAACACAGGUCUCCGCAGGUUCCCUAACAUGUCGCCGCUGUCAGGCAUCACGGCAAUUCCAUACAUGAUCUUGGCUCACGGCGGCAAUCGUUCGCUCGCGUUGGCCGAGAUGCACAAGACGCACCCCGUGAUCCGCACUGGUCCGAACACCCUUUCGUACGGCGACGUGCGUGCCAUCAAGGACAUCUACGGCCACAACACCAAGUGUACCAAGGACGAGUCGUACAUUGCUGGAGCCGGCACCCACUACCAUCUCGCCGAUGUUGUCGACAAGCCCGAGCACUCCCGUAAGCGUAAGGUCCUGUCGUCGGCGUAUGCGCUCAAAAACCUCGAGGGUUGGGAGCACAAGGUCGCGGACAAGGUCGAACGCCUCAUCGCCCACAUCGACAAGGUCUGCACCGACGCAUUGCCCAAAGGAAUUGCCGUCCCGAAGAAGGAGGACAUCACGCUCGACUUCCGCGAAUGGGCCAACUACUUCACCCUCGAUGCCAUUGCUGACAUUGGCGUCUCGGAGCGCCUUGGAUUCCUCGAUCAGGGCAACGACCGUGUCGUUGGUCGUAACUCCGACGGCACCACUUAUGAAUGCAACCUCCGCGAAGUCCUGUACAGCAGCAACCACAAGCAGUCGCUCCUCCUGUGGGCUUACUCCUGGUACCCUUUCCUGAACAAGGUUUCCCACGUGAUUCCCUACUACCGCCGCCUGGGCAACCUGGGGAAGCAGUGGGACGGUCUGCCGGCGGAGCGUGCCCACCGCCGUCUGAUGCGCUACGAGGCGGGCGAGAAGCUCGACGACUUCUUCCAGGCGAUGAUGGAGGACAAGAACGGUAACCCGAACAACCUGGAGUGGGGCGAGAUCGUGGCCGAAGUCAACAUCAUGAUGAACGCGGGCUCGGUGACGACCGCCAUCGCCAUCACGAACAUCCUGCUGCAGCUGAUCAGGAACCCGGAGUGUCUGGCCAAGCUGCGCGAGGAGAUCGACGCCGUCAUGGACGAGGACCAGGCCGUCGCCUCCUACGACCAGGUCAAGCACUUGCCCUACCUACGCGCCUGUCUCGACGAAUCGCUCCGCCUCUUCCCGCCCACGCCGGCGAGCCUCGGUCGCGAGACUCCGCCCGAAGGCACCACCAUCAUCGACGACUUCAUCCCCGGCGGCACCAGCGUCGGCAUCAGCGCCGUCGUCGCCCACCGCGACGAGCAUGUCUAUCCACAGGCCGAGAAGUUCGUUCCGGAGCGCUUCCUCGGUGAGAACGGCAAGGCGCUCCAGCCUUACUUCAUCACGUUCUCGGCCGGCGCGCGCGGCUGCAUCGGCAGGAACAUCUCCUACCUCGAGCAGACGGUCGCUGUCGCGAGUAUCAUCCACCGCUAUGACUUCGCUCUGCCGUACCCUGACUGGGAUAUCGAGCGCCGGGACGCCAUGAACUGGAUUCUUGGGCCGAUGCCGGUCAAGGUCUGGCGCCGCAACAUGAAGGCUGCUGAGGAGGGCGCGUGAACAAGCGGAUGAGCAUGAAAUUGCCGGUUGAUUAUUGAAGUUUUAGAUGUAAGGUGUUCUGGCGCACAAGGGAGUCACCGAGGACAGGUUGUCUCGUCUCCGACGAUGGCCAUUGAUUGGGUUGUUUUGUUUUGUUUGACUGACGAGCGAUGACGACGAUGGAGAAAAGGACAAUGUAAGCGUUGACUUGGCCUUUAAAGAAGUGACAUGAAUGAAUGAAAUCAGAAUUUAUAAUACUUUGCUUUGGUCGUGCUAAAUUCGUGAUAAGGACAAUGAGGACGAUGAGGACGAUGGUAAUUGUGUGCCCG